AUGCCGCCCUCGGGGCUGCGGCUGCUGCCGCUGCUGCUGCCGCUGCUGUGGCUGCUCGUGCUGACCCCCGGCCGGCCGGCCGCCGGCCUCUCCACCUGCAAGACCAUCGACAUGGAGCUGGUGAAGCGGAAGCGCAUCGAGGCCAUCCGCGGCCAGAUCCUGUCCAAGCUGCGGCUCGCCAGCCCCCCGAGCCAGGGCGACGUGCCGCCGGGCCCGCUGCCGGAGACGGUGCUGGCGCUGUACAACAGCACCCGCGACCGGGUGGCCGGGGAGAGGGCCGAGCCCGAGCCCGAGCCCGAGGCCGACUACUACGCCAAGGAGGUCUCCCGCGUGCUCAUGGUGGAGUACGGCAACGAAAUCUAUAAAAAAAUCAAGUCUGGCUCUCACAGCAUAUACAUGCUCUUCAACACGUCAGAGCUCCGGGAAGCGGUGCCUGAUCCCUUGUUGCUGUCCCGGGCAGAGCUGCGCCUGCAGAGGCAAAAACUGAACACAGAGCAGCGCGUGGAGCUGUACCAGAAAUAUAGCAAUAAUACCUGGCGCUACCUCAGCAACCGGCUACUGGCCCCCAGCGACACGCCGGAGUGGCUGUCCUUUGAUGUCACUGGAGUUGUGCGGCAAUGGCUGAGCCACGGAGCAGGGGAAAUAGAGGGCUUUCGACUCAGUGCCCACUGUUCCUGUGACAACAGCAAUAACACACUCCAAGUGGAAAUCAACGCAGGGUUCAGCUCCAGUCUCCGGGGCGACCUGGCCACCAUUCGUGGCAUGAACCGGCCUUUCCUGCUCCUCAUGGCCACCCCGCUGGAGAGGGCCCAGCACCUGCACAGCUCCCGGCACCGCCGAGCCCUGGACACCAACUACUGCUUCAGCUCCACAGAAAAGAACUGCUGUGUGCGGCAGCUUUACAUCGACUUCCGCAAGGACCUGGGCUGGAAGUGGAUCCACGAGCCUAAGGGCUACCAUGCCAACUUCUGCCUGGGGCCCUGCCCCUACAUCUGGAGCCUGGACACACAGUACAGCAAGGUCCUGGCCCUGUACAACCAGCACAACCCGGGCGCGUCGGCAGCGCCGUGCUGCGUGCCGCAGGUGCUCGAGCCGCUGCCCAUCGUGUACUACGUGGGCCGCAAGGCCAAGGUGGAGCAGCUGACCAACAUGAUCGUGCGCUCCUGCAAGUGCAGCUGAGGCCCCGCCCCGCUCGCAGGCCCCACCCGCAGGCCCCGCCCCCGGCAGGCCCGGCCCC